CUCGCGAGCUAACGAGUGUCUCGCGCGCUCUCCCUUCCCUCCGCGUCGGUUUCGCGGCGCGGCGGACAUGGCGGUGGAGUCCUGAGCUCGUCGUGUCUCGGCCUCCAGCGGCGGCAGCGGCGACGGCGGCGGCAGCAGGAGGCGGAGGGAGAGCGGGAGCCACUGAGAUGAGGAGGCGUCGCGCGCGCCUGUAGCUCGCGGGCCUCGCAGUGUGCUUGCCUAAACUGGAUUUGAAGCGAUUUAAACUGCCGGAGAUCUGCCACUUUAUAAUAUCACAAUUGGAAAGAAGCAGAUUUUCAAAUAAUGGAAGAGUCUAAGAUCUUAAAAAGUGAAAAUCAUGAACCAAAGAAGAAUGUUAUUUGUGAAGAAAGCAAAGCAGUUCAAGUUAUAGCUAAUCAAAUGUUGAAAGCUAGAAAUGAUAAAUCCAUAAAAGAAAUUGGGAACAGCUCUCCAAAUAGGAGUAGUAGUAAAAAAAAUAAGCAAAAUGAUAUGUGUAUAGAAAAAACAGAAGUUAAAUCAUGUAAAGUAAAUGCAGUCAACCUUCCCGGCCCUAAAGAUUUGGGGGUAGUCCUUCGAGAUCAAAGUCAUUGCAAAGCAAAAAAAUUUCCUAAUUCACCAGUGAAAGCCGAAAAGGCACCCAUUUCACAGGCAAAAUUAGAAAAGGCAACCAGUUUACAGGCAAAAGCAGAAAAAUCACUGAAGUCACCUAAUUCAGUGAAAGCAGAAAAAGCAACCAGUUCUCAGAUGAAGUCAGAAAAGGCACUGAGUUCACCAGCAGAAGCAGAAAAGGGACCCAGUUUACUAUUGAAAGACAUGAGACAGAAGACAGAAUUACAACAGAUUGGGAAAAAAAUUCCAAGCUCCUUUACUUCUGUGGACAAAGUGAAUAUUGAAGCUGUAGAGGGAGAAAAAUAUGCUCUGCAAAACUCACCACAAUCUCAGAAACAACAAACAUGUACAGGUAAUACUGGUGAUUCUGAUGAUAGUGCUUCAGGAAUUGAAGAUGUAUCGGACGAUUUGAGUAAAAUGAAGAAUGAUGAAUCUAAUAAAGAAAAUUCCUCAGAGAUGGACUAUUUAGAAAAUGCCACUGUGAUAGAUGAAUCUACAUUGACACCUGAACAGAGGCUGGGGUUGAAACAAGCAGAAGAACGUUUAGAAAGAGAUCACAUCUUUCGACUUGAAAAACGAUCACCAGAAUAUACCAAUUGCCGCUAUCUGUGCAAACUUUGCUUAAUACACAUUGAAAAUAUCCAGGGAGCUCAUAAACAUAUAAAGGAGAAACGACAUAAGAAAAAUAUUUUGGAAAAACAAGAAGAAAGUGAGCUUCGUUCUCUGCCACCUCCUUCCCCUGCCCACCUGGCUGCUUUAAGUGUUGCAGUCAUUGAAUUAGCCAAAGAACAUGGAAUAACAGAUGAUGACCUCAGGGUCCGUCAGGAAAUUGUGGAGGAAAUGUCAAAGGUUAUAACAACUUUUUUACCAGAAUGUUCACUUAGGUUGUAUGGCUCGUCUCUGACUAAAUUUGCUCUGAAAAGUAGUGAUGUUAAUAUAGAUAUAAAAUUUCCUCCCAAGAUGAAUCAUCCAGAUCUUCUGAUAAAAGUACUUGGGAUCUUAAAGAAAAAUGUAUUAUAUGUAGAUGUGGAAUCUGAUUUUCACGCUAAAGUUCCUGUUGUGGUGUGCAGAGAUCGAAAAAGUGGUUUACUUUGUAGAGUGAGUGCAGGAAAUGACAUGGCAUGUCUCACUACUGAUUUACUUACUGCUCUUGGCAAAAUGGAACCUGUCUUUAUUCCAUUGGUGUUAGCCUUUCGCUACUGGGCUAAGUUGUGCUAUAUUGACUCCCAAACUGAUGGUGGAAUCCCUUCUUACUGUUUUGCUUUAAUGGUGAUGUUUUUUCUACAACAGAGAAAACCCCCUCUUCUUCCUUGCUUACUUGGAAGUUGGAUUGAAGGCUUUGACCCAAAAAGAAUGGAUGACUUUCAGCUGAAGGGCAUAGUAGAAGAGAAGUUUGUGAAGUGGGAGUAUAAUUCAAGUAGUGCAACUGAGAAAAACUCAAUUGCUGAGGAAAACAAAGCUAAGGCAGACCAACCAAAAGAUGAUACCAAGAAGACAGAAACAGACAACCAAAGUAAUGCCAUGAAGGAAAAACAUGGCAAAUCUCCUUUAACAUUGGAAACACCAAAUCAGGUAUCCUUGGGACAGUUAUGGUUAGAGCUGCUAAAAUUUUACACACUGGAAUUUGCUUUGGAGGAAUAUGUCGUAUGUGUACGGAUACGAGAUAUUUUAACAAGAGAAAAUAAAAACUGGCCUAAAAGGCGAAUAGCCAUUGAAGAUCCAUUUUCAGUCAAGAGGAAUGUUGCACGGAGCUUAAACAGCCAGCUGGUUUACGAAUAUGUUGUGGAGAGAUUUAGGGCAGCUUAUCGGUAUUUUGCCUGUCCUCAGAGGAAGGGUGGAAAUAAGUCUACAGUGGACUUCAAGAAAAGAGAGAAGGGGAAAAUAAGCAAUAAGAAACCAGUUAAGUCUAACAACGUGGCAACCAACAGUUGCAUUCUGCUUGGGGAAAGCACAGAAAAAAAAAAUGCAGAAAGAGAGCAACCUGUUAAAUAUGAUGAAAUGGAAUGUACAUCACAGAGAUGUAUUAUUGACAACAACAAUUUGUUGGUAAAUGAACUAGAUUUUGCUGACCGUGAACAGGAAUCUUCAUCUCUUUCUGCCAGCAAAAGCAGUGAAUUAGAGCCAAAAUCAGUUAAGAAACAAGAUCAUUUAGCGCUUUCAGAAACUUGUUUAAAAACAGAGCUCAGCCAAUGUAAUUGCAUUCAUUUGUCUAAGUCCCCUGACCCAGAUAAAUCUACUGGAACAGACUGCAGGUCAAAUUUAGAAACAGAGAGUUCACAUCAGAGUGUGUGCACCGACAUACCUGCUACCUCUUGCAACUGCAAAGCUACAGAAGAUGCUUCUGACCUUAAUGAUGACGAUAACUUCUCCACCCAGGAAUUAUAUUAUGUGUUUGAUAAAUUUAUUUUAACCUCUGGCAAGCCACCAACAAUAGUAUGCAGCAUCUGCAAAAAGGAUGGCCAUUCAAAGAAUGAUUGCCCAGAGGAUUUCAGGAAAAUUGAUCUAAAACCUCUACCACCAAUGACAAACCGAUUUCGGGAAAUACUUGAUUUAGUAUGUAAAAGAUGUUUUGAUGAGUUAUCACCACCUUGUUCUGAACAACACAACAGGGAGCAAAUUUUAAUUGGCUUGGAAAAGUUUAUUCAAAAAGAAUAUGAUGAAAAGGCAAGAUUGUGCUUAUUUGGCUCUUCUAAGAAUGGAUUUGGAUUUCGUGAUAGCGAUCUGGAUAUUUGUAUGACCCUGGAAGGCCAUGAAAAUGCAGAGAAAUUAAAUUGUAAGGAAAUAAUUGAAAAUUUGGCAAAAAUUCUUAAGAGACAUCCAGGUUUAAGAAACAUUUUGCCUAUAACUACUGCCAAAGUGCCUAUAGUAAAAUUUGAACACAGACGAAGUGGGUUAGAAGGCGAUAUCAGUUUAUAUAAUACAUUGGCUCAACAUAACACAAGAAUGCUAGCUACUUAUGCAGCUAUUGAUCCUAGAGUGCAGUAUUUGGGAUAUACUAUGAAAGUGUUUGCUAAGCGAUGUGACAUUGGGGAUGCUUCCAGGGGAAGUUUAUCUUCAUAUGCAUAUAUCCUUAUGGUGCUGUACUUUCUGCAGCAGAGAAAGCCACCUGUUAUCCCAGUUCUACAAGAGAUCUUUGAUGGAAAACAGAUUCCACAGAGAAUGGUUGAUGGAUGGAAUGCUUUUUUCUUUGAUAAAACAGAAGAACUGAAAAAGCGUUUACCUUCACUUGGAAAGAACACAGAAUCAUUAGGGGAGCUUUGGUUGGGACUGCUUCGUUUCUAUACUGAAGAGUUUGAUUUCAAGGAAUAUGUAAUUAGCAUUCGGCAGAAAAAGCUUUUGACAACUUUUGAGAAGCAGUGGACAUCCAAGUGCAUUGCAAUUGAAGACCCUUUUGACUUGAAUCAUAACCUUGGUGCUGGAGUUUCUAGAAAGAUGACCAAUUUCAUCAUGAAAGCAUUUAUCAAUGGAAGGAAACUUUUUGGUACCCCUUUUUAUCCACUCAUUGGCAGAGAAGCUGAGUACUUCUUUGAUUCCAGAGUAUUAACAGAUGGAGAACUCGCUCCCAAUGAUAGAUGUUGCCGUGUGUGUGGAAAAAUAGGCCACUACAUGAAAGACUGCCCUAAAAGGAAAAGCAGUUUACUGUUUAGACUAAAGAAGAAAGACAGUGAAGAAGAGAAGGAAGGGAAUGAAGAAGAGAAAGACUCCCGAGACACUGACCCCCGAGACCUCCACGACACUCGAGACUUUAGAGACCCCAGAGACCUCAGAUGUUUUAUAUGUGGAGAUGCUGGACAUGUACGAAGGGAGUGCCCAGAGGUCAAGCUGGCCCGUCAGAGGAAUAGCAGUGUGGCAGCAGCCCAGCUGGUCCGCAACCUUGUAAAUGCUCAACAGGUGGCUGGUUCAGCUCAGCAGCAGGGUGAUCAGUCCAUAAGGACUAGACAGUCCUCAGAAUGUUCUGAAUCACCAUCUUAUUCUCCUCAGCCUCAGCCAUUUCCACAGAACUCUUCCCAGUCAGCUGCUAUUACCCAGCCUUCAUCUCAGCCAGGAUCCCAACCUAAGCUUGGCCCACCUCAGCAGGGAGCUCAACCUCCCCAUCAGGUCCAGAUGCCACUGUAUAACUUUCCCCAGUCCCCACCAACUCAGUAUUCUCCCAUGCACAAUAUGGGAUUGUUGCCAAUGCACCCUCUCCAGAUCCCUGGUCCAUCCUGGCCCAUCCAUGGUCCAGUGAUCCACUCUGCACCAGGCAGUGCCCCCAACAAUAUUGGCCUGAAUGAUCCCAGCAUCAUCUUUGCACAGCCUGCUGCUAGACCUGUGGCAAUUCCUAACACGUCUCAUGAUGGACACUGGCCACGUAAUGUGGCUCCAAAUUCCCUGGUGAACAGUGGUGCAGUGGGGAAUUCAGAGCCAGGCUUUCGAGGACUGACUCCUCCAAUUCCUUGGGAACAUGCACCACGUCCCCAUUUCCCCCUUGUCCCAGCUUCGUGGCCUUAUGGUUUGCAUCAAAACUUCAUGCAUCAGGGAAAUGCCCGAUUUCAGCCCAACAAACCUUUCUAUACUCAAGACAGAUGUGCCACCCGUCGGUGUAGAGAGCGUUGUCCCCACCCACCAAGAGGAAACGUGUCGGAGUAAUGCGAGUCCAUUUUCUUUCAGCUGGUCUACCGAUGCACAGCAACCAGCCAAUCCUGCUGUCUCAAGGGUAUCCGUACCUCAAUGUCAGUUACAUUCAGCAGAAAAAGUGACAUUUAAUGGAAAGCAAAACAAAUCAGGUCCUGAUUUAAAUUUUAACACAUUUAGAUAGCUUAUUUAAAUUCUAAGACUGUUUUUACAGACUGUAUUAUUUGUAUAUAAAUAUGAACUAUAGUUUUUACUGGUAUCACCAAAAUGAGUGAUACAAAUUUCAUCUAUUUUAUUACCCUAUUUUUAAGGGAAUUUUAUGUUUUGUUUAACCUUGAUGAAUUGUAUAAAGAGAGAAUUUAAAAAAUUACAUUCUUUAUUUUCUAUUAGCUGUAUUCAUACUUUGGUUGCUUCAGACUUUAUAUAUUGUUCUUAAGAGUUAGGAAAGAAUUUCAUGUGUUUUAAAUUUGUCACUUCUAUUCUUUACAGAACCUUGUAGUGCCAAAAACUUUUUAAAAGGUAAAAAAAUAAAAUAAAAUUACAACAUGAAGAUUCAGAUUUUUUUUCUUUUCCAUACUUGUAUGUUGAACAUUCAAACUUGAACGGAAAGUUGAUUUUGUCUGUAUUUGAAGUACUUCUAUUUUAAGUUAAUAAAUCUUUUUGACAAGAGUCACAUUUGGUUAAUUCAUCUGUUGUAUAGAUGAUGGAAAUACUGUGUAACAAGAUUUGUUUUAAUUUCAGUGAAUAGAGCAUUCUAAAUCACAGAUUUUAGUUUUAGAGAUUCAAGUAUCAUUUUAUGUCCUAUUUGGUUGGAUUUUCACAACACCCAUAUGAGGUUGAUAGAAGCAGAAGCCAUCUCCAUUUUAUCUUUGAAAGUGAAAACUGAAACGCAAAGUGAUAAAUUCCAAAAAGCAUAAUUAUAUGCUGCAGUCUGAAUUGAAACGUCUUUGGGAAGAGAGUUUUAAAACACGGAGACUAAUAUUGCAAUUAGAGUGGAGGGAAGCUUCAGCAUCCUUCAGAAUCCUGUUUAAGUGGUGGAUUUAGAUCAUUUGUUUUAAGAAGAUACCUGACCCAACUAUGCAUUUAUGUUAAAAUGACUUGGAGCAUUCAAGAUUUAAAUUAACAUUCAAUACUUCACAUCCUUCCACGUCUUGGAGAACAGGUAAUGAUGUAUAACAGGGGUGUUUAUUACUCUCUUUACUUUUGUACAUACAGUAGGUCCUCCAUAUCCUUGGGGUUUGCAUCUGUGGAUUUAACUAACCAUGGAUUGCAGAUACAAAAAAAAAAUUGUGUCUGUAUUGAACUUGCACAGUUUUUUGUUAUUCCCUAAACAAUGCAACAACUUUUCUUACAGAAUUUACAUUGUAUGAGGCAUUAUAU